AAGGAAGCCACCGAGAAGGAUCACCAAGUGAAGGAGAUGCAGCUGCUUCCCAAAGCAAUCAUCUACCUCGGAUCCGAAGAAGGCUUGAAGGAUGAGAACGCCAUUCCGCAGUUCACCAAACAAGUGGGCAGGUUUCUCCUGACCCUUGGUGCUGAAGUGGUUUUCAAGACGCUGACGGAUGCCUUCAGUAAGUUGGAAGGCCGUGUUGCCUAUAGAAAGUCCCUGGUCUACAUGGCGCACGAACUCUUCACCAAGCGAAAAAGACACAUCACCUUUGAGGAUAAGAAGCAAUGCGUGGAAAAGUUCCUGCUUCCCAUUGGCCCCGACAUUCGAGCAAUGAGGGCCAAAGAACGGGAGGCCUACUGCCUUCUGGUCGGCUUCUGGGGAAAACGCCAGGUGGUAUCUCCAACAGACUUGAAGCGUAUCAAAGAUGCCUGGGACGUGGAUGAAGAGGGCGACUUUGAUGAGUUCGAAGAGGAUCUGUGAGGUAAAUCUCCUCUGCCGUCAUGCUGCGAGAAAAAAA